AUGGACUCAGAUCUCAAGAGGGAUUUGAAGAGCGUGAAGAUGGAGAUUAAGGAAGGGAUUAAAGAGGUUAUUACGUUUUUGCAGGUUACUAAGUUGGAUGGUUUGGUGAAGGAUGAUUUGGGGGAGUUGAGGGGGAAGAUUGAGGGGCUUGGCAAGGAUGUGGAGAGUAAUGGUCUUGUUAAAGCUCAGUUGGAAAAACUUGCGGAAGAGAAGAAAAAUCUUGAAACAGUAACUGGCAAGACAACUGGCACAAUUGAUAAGGAAAUGGGUCAACUUGAAAGUAAGUUUAAUACUUACAUCAAGACUCCGCUUAACCUUCAAGUCACUGAAGUUGACACGGCGAUUGGGACGCUUGGCGGGAAGUUUGAGUUGAGAGGCGGAAGUGAAAAGAAACUUGAAGAGAUUUUUAAACAGAUUAAAGAAAAGGUUGGGGAGAUUAAGGGGGAGGCAGGAAUGUUUGCUCCAAAUGGUCAAUGGAAUCCCCCGGGCUCAGGCCUGGAUGGUAUUAAGAGUAAGGUGGGAAAUUAUUUCAAUGCGUUCAGCGGCGAGUGGCCGUUCAAGAAUAUAGUGAAGGGCUGGAUUGAGAAGACUAUUUUGCCGCAUAACGGUUUGGUCAGUGAUAGGAUUAACGACAAGAUUUUUGGAGGGAGUAGAGAGAACUCUAUCCAGAAAAUGGCAGGUGAAAUUAAGGAAAAUCUUGGCGUCGAAGCAACUGAAGCCGGUCAAACGGUUGAACAAGCAAAAAGCGGCGGUGCAGAAGACAUCGCAAAACGCAUCCAAGCUGUGAAGAAUGGUUGCGAGAAUUUUGCCAACGCGCUUGAUAACAAGCUGAAGGAAGGAAAAAGUGGAUUAGUCACGCAGAUUAAGAGUGGGGUGUUGACAUACAUAAAACACGACGCGAAAUGCAUCUGCGACUGCACCCAUUGCAAAAGCAACCAGGAGUGCAGUAAAAACUCCCUCACUGCUGUCAUCUUGGGAUCACUCUCUGCGGUGUCCCGGCAGGUGGGCAACGAACUGAAUUCACUGUUUCUCAACAUACCCGAUAAGCCCCCAAACGCGGAACCCAGCGACGGAAGCAUCGCAAAAAUCUUGGACACUAUCACGCCUAUUGUAGAUGGGCUUAAAAGGAAUUUGGACGAUGCGACUAGCCCCAACCCUCCCGGAGGCUCCACUGAUAGCCCCGCCCAAGCCGUGGACAGUAAGUUGGAGGCGGUGAGGAAUAUGGUAGAGAAAGACAAACUUAUUACCACGUUUAAAAGUGAAGUCACAAAAGAACUUACAGAAGCGGUUAAAGGUCUUCCCAACGCCGUCGAAGAGUUCGACAAGCAAGCUCAAGACCAGAUCAAGGCUGCGGCCAAGACGGCGAUCACAGCGGCGGCUGAGCAGAUUAGUAACGGUAGUACAAUUGAGCUUGGUGGUGCAGAAAAGCUCAUGGACAAUUUCCACCAAGCGCACAAUAGGAUCAAAGCGGAUCUCGAAUCACAAGUUAAAAAGGAGGUUGAUACGCACAUUGGGGCGGAUGAUUCGACGGGUGGUCAAGGUGCCACAAUUACUGAGCUUGCUGGUACAAGCUUUGACCAAUAUAAGGGACACGUUAACCAAGAAAGCGUUGAGAAGUUUGAUAAAGAUAAACCAGAAGACCUACAAGGUAAACUCCCCGAUGCGAUCAAGCAGAUCAAGACUCUGGGACUGGAGGCGCUUGAAGGUGUUAUUGGUGUGAGUGCCACGAAGCCAAUUAAUGAUGAUACCUUUGAAGUUCCGUUCACUGAGAUACGGGACGGACUUAUAGAGAUCGCUGGACUUGUUGACAUUAAGCAGUCGACGUCGCCGACAACUCUGGAUGAUAAGGGUGUCAAGGACUACUUGGGGAAGUUGUCACACAUGAUCAAAUAUAGACCUUGGGUUGAUGGAGGCGAUGGUCUCGAGAAUAUUAUAAAUGUUAUUAAAGGUCUGCAAAAAUCUCCCUUCACUGCCCAUCCCAAAGCAAUUGACACAGCCGUCAGCCUUAUUAAGGAGGAGCUUAAGAAGCUUAGGGAGAAGUUGAAGAAAGAGAAGAUGACUGAGAAAGAUGAUGUGAUAAAUGCUUUGAAUGACUUAAAAAGCUUUGGUCUUGGAGAUAGUGAUUGGACAUUAGGCAACACAAAAUGGAAAACUACGCACAAUUUAAAAAGCAUUGAGAUUGACCUUAGAAAUCAAAAUGCUAUUUUGCCUCAGCAAACUGAUAUAAUUGGCAAGGCUAUAAAAGAAAUUCGUGGACAACUUGCAUCAAUUGGAUACAGGUUGAAUGAUUAUGGAUCAUAUGAUGACGUCGUUGACCAGUUGCAAAGGAGAUGCCAACGAGGCAAUCAAGCGGGAACUCACAGCGCAGAUGAGCACGCUGGACAAAGAUGUCAUCGAGAAGCUGACCAAUUUGAUGACCAAAGGGAUGAGUGA